AUGUCUUUUGACCAGAAGGUCGAGGAGUUCAGAAAAUUGAGACUCUCGCAAGCGGCAAAUUUGCCGGAAACUUCGCCCGCGCAGUGUGUUCGACCGCUGUGGGUCCUGAGCACUGUUGGUGCAGAUUCCUGGUCAGUAUACCGCAGAUAUCGCAAGUUCCGAGAGCUGCACAAGACAAUGAGAAAGAAUUACUACGAGGUUGGUAGCUUGGACUUUCCUAACCGCCGUUUUUUCGGUAACAGGGCAGAAGAGUUUGUGAGAGCCCGGAGAGCGCAACUUGAGACGUACCUUCAGUCAUUCAUUGGACUGUGCUCUAAAAUUCCAGAUUGUCCCAUAUCAUCGAUGACCGGCCGGCCUCUCACUAAACGGGACCUGUGUGACUUCGCGCCAUUUUUCAAACAAGGCAUCUUUGAGCAAACCAAACACUACUCUGGGUAGUCCUCUGGGUAGUCCUCUGGGUAGCUAUAGAGGAGUGGUCGAGCCGUGGUAAUUGUACAGGAUGUUUACUGCGUUCAAACGCAUAAAGCUCACGUCAUUUCCUGUUUUCUUUGCUUUGGUAUUUUUAAGAGUUCGCGCAGUAGUAAACAACGUUACGAGCCGAUAAAAUACGUAAAUAAGAUUUGUUUAAUUUCCUAUAUAUCUGCGGCGUAAAAAGUUUAAUGUGUUUUUUAUUGACGGUAAUGUCUUUUGACCAGAAGGUCGAGGAGUUCAGAAAAUUGAGACUCUCGCAAGCGGCAAAUUUGCCGGAAACUUCGCCCGCGCAGUGUGUUCGACCGCUGUGGGUCCUGGUAACGACCAGCUGACAUCAAAACGUUCAGAUUGGUCUUUCUUGCUGUGAUUGGUCGAUAAUAGAUCGUAAAUUUCCGGAUUCUUCCUCGAAGAUUUGCUUGAAACAAAGUUUUACCUGCUUGAGAAAGAAUUGAUUCGCGUUUAUAAUAUGAACUCUGGCGCAGAAGAAUACAAAAAAUACAAAUGGUUGGAAUUAUCGAGAAUUUCCGAUGGAUUAAUUUUUCCAUAAGAUCUUUACCAGUAAUGUAGAUCUAUAAAUUUAUUCAGUUUAUGCCUUCUGGUUAAUGCAGCUGACAGUUUAUUCUGUUUUUGUGAUUUAUAGAUGUAUAUAUUUUCCUUUUGGUGCAGUUUACGGGUAGAACCUUUUCCUUUGCGAAGAGGUUUUUCUUGUGAAGGAGAAACUCUUGCUUACUAGUUUUGGUAGUAAAGAGUAAGGAUGUAACAAUUCUUUGUACAUUUUGUAAUACGAUGGUCUACUGACGUAACGCAAACGUAUCACAACACAGUGGUGUGUGACAUGUUUAACUUUGUCACGCAAGUUAAAUAGGUAACGGUGUACUUAUUCUUUCCCCAGGAAGGUUAGAAGUGGUAGUUUUUAUGGUGUCAAUUGUUUGAGCGUGCAAAAUGAAAAGAAACUUUUCAUUAUCAGUAAUUCCUUUCAUAAAUUUUUCACUGGUAUCGAUGGAAUUUUGAAAUUCUAUUUAUGUGAAUUCCAAGUUGACUUCGAAUAUUUUGCUUAUUUAAGUUAUUGGCUUCCAGUACUCACUUGAUAACCGAAUUGUGGAAAAAAAUCGUGGAAUUCAUAAUGCAGUGUAUGAAUAUAAAAAUAAAAAUUGUGUAAUAUUAAAAGGAUAGUAGGUAGUAGGUGGUCAAUUUUCAAGUGUAGGUUAAAUAUCUUUUACGUACGGCUGUAUAGAGAAACUUUGUAGAUAAUGACGUGUCUAUCUUAAUACAAGAUGCAAAAUAUCCAUUAUAUUUCUCCUCGAUUUAUAACGUGGAUACUUUAUGGAUGCUAUCUCUAAAAUAUAAAAUAAAUUUUUUGCCAGUGGUA